AAAUAAUCACGUAAAAAUAAAAGAUUAUAAGAAAUAUACGAAAGGAAAUUAUGCAUUCACUCGCAUCAUAUUUUUACAAAUCCAAUUACUUUGAGGCGACAAUCUAGUUUUCGCUUCAAAAUUCAAUAUUUAAAUAAGCACGUAAACGUGGCGGUCGCCAUUGAAUUCUAGCCGAUUUCAGUUUUCAGGCCUCGUCUCCUAAAAAACAGUAAUUGAAUUUUCUUCGAAUUUAAAGCCCUUCCAGAAAUUGAAAGAAAAAAAACCAGAGUAUGGAGGUAAAAGGCUUGGUGGCGUCGAUAGUUCAAUUUCUGACUCAACAAUUAGAGGAUGGAGGAUUGACUGCCGAUUCUCGCGAGAGUCUCGAAGUUGCCAUCCAAUGUUUGGAAAGUGCCUACAGCGUGCAGGCAGCCGAUGCGCCUGUGAAUUUCAAUCUGACGACAGUUUAUAAAUCCGUCAUGGAAAACUCGAAACCAGAUUUAGGACCGGAAGCGACUCCAGAGCAAAAGUCAGAAGCCGAGAGGCUCAAAAAUGAAGGAAAUGCUCUGGUGAAAGCCGACAAAUUAUACGAGGCACUAAACAAUUACACACAAGCGAUAAAAUUGGACGGGCGCAAUGCAGUUUUUUACUGUAACCGAGCCGCGGUUCACAGCAAAAUGGGGAAUUUCGAUCAGGUGAUAAAAGACUGUCAAACGGCUUUAUCGAUCGAUCCGCAAUACAGCAAAGCCUACGGUCGAAUGGGAUUGGCCUACUCGAGUUUGCAGAAGCACAAAGAAGCUAAGGAGUGCUAUAAAAAAGCUCUUGAUGUCGAGCCGGACAACGAGAGUUAUAAAAAUAAUUUGCAAUUGGCGGAGGAAAAAAUAGCGCAGCAAGGCGUCGGUUCGUUGGGUUUGGGUGGGGCUGCUGGUUUUCCAAAUAUGGAUCUCAGCUCGAUUAUUAGUAAUCCGGCUCUCAUGCAAAUGGCUCGGCAAAUGCUCACGGAUCCGCAAAUGCAAAAUGUGAUGAGCAAUUUGAUGAGUGGAAAUAACGAGCAAGGCGAUCGUAUCGAAGCUCUCAUUGAAGCAGGCCAACAGCUGGCUCAACAAAUGGAAACAGCCAAUCCCGAUCUGAUAGAAGAAUUGAGGCGUCAAAUGGGUGGAAAUCCGAACGAUCCCGACCCACCUCAACCAAACUAAAAAUUUCGAUUCGAAAAUGAAAAAAAAAAGGGUAUCAGGUUUUAGAAAAACCACGCAUUUCUACAAUAAAUCCAAUCCUUUCCUGUGAAUCUUCACAAAUACGAAACUGUUUGAACUGUGGAGAGUAGUAUCCGUUUUUAAGAGAAAAAAAAAGUCUACCAAAACUAGAAUAGGAGCAAUAUCAAUUAGUUUGCUAAAUGAAUUUCGCAUUGGUGUUGCUCAAAAUAGAAUCAAAAUUAGUUGUUCAUUACUUUCGUGCUUGUUAAAUCGUUCAUCUAUUACUCCCGAAUAAUUGCCUCUACUCUAGUUUUUAUUGCCGCUUCUCCUUUAUUUUUUAUUUUUUAUUUUUGAUGAGCAGAAAGUCUUCGCUUUGUAAAUAAACGACUCUCAGCUUUUCCGGUUUUUGUCUGAUUUAUUUUUAAGGAAGAUUCGAUUUUUUUACGUAUUAAGCUUGGUUUUGGAACGAGACGAACUUGAAGCUGAACUCAAUUGCAGUCUUUCUUUCCAGUUGUUGAUUAAUAAAUUUUACAAAUUUA